AUUUUUAGAAAUAAGCAAGUUUGUUGCCGUAACAAGCACGGUCCCGUCUCUCCCUCAAACAGACAAAACUCACAAUAGUCAACCCAUUUUCUAUUAACUACACACUUCCUCUCAAUCUUUCUCCACCGUUUUCAUCGGUUCCUAUGUUAAAGUGUCUUCAAUACUCAGCCCAUAACAAUUCUUCAUUUCAUCCAUAGACAAAGAUGAAAACAGAGACACUGACAUUGGUGCUGGUGAAUCUAGCGAGUAUCAUGGAGAGAGCCGAUGAAUCAUUGCUGCCAGGAGUAUACAAAGAGGUCGGUGCUGCUCUCAACGCUGGCCCCACCGCGUUAGGCUCUCUCACUCUUUUCCGAUCCCUUGUUCAAUCUCUGUGUUACCCUCUCGCCGCUUAUCUCGCCACGCGUCACAAUCGUGCUCAUGUUAUUGCUCUCGGUGCUUUUCUUUGGGCCGCCGCAACAUUCCUUGUUGCCAUUUCAUCUACCUUCUUACAGGUAGCGAUUUCAAGAGGUUUAAAUGGGAUUGGACUUGCCAUUGUUACUCCAGCAAUUCAGUCCCUGGUUGCUGACUCCACUGUUGACAGCAACCGUGGCGUGGCUUUCGGGUGGCUGCAACUAACCGGAAACCUUGGAAGCAUCAUUGGUGGUCUCUUCGCUAUAACUAUAGCCUCAACAUCAAUAGCAGGGAUACCUGGUUGGAGAAUAGCUUUUCAUCUGGUUGCAUUGAUUAGCAUCAUAGUCGGUAUAUUAGUACGCAUCUUUGCCGUCGAUCCACAUUUUUCUAAGAAUGAAGGCAUAUCUACAUCAUAUCCAACUCCAAGAAAGUCCUUUUAUUGUGAAAUGGAAGAUCUAAUAAAAGAAGCGAAAUCAGUUAUAAAAAUUCCAUCAUUUCAAAUACUUGUGGCUCAGGGAGUCUCUGGAUCAUUCCCAUGGUCUGCUUUGUCAUUUGCCACUCUUUGGCUAGAAAUGAUAGGCUUUUCCCACAUGACAACAGCAUUGCUUUGGUCCCUAUUUAUAGUUGCGGUUUCAUUUGGGGGUCUGUUUGGAGGAUGGAUGGGGGAUUUUUUAUCCCAAAGGUUUCCGAAUUCCGGAAGAAUAAUGUUAUCACAAAUAAGCUCGGGUUCGGCCGUUCCUCUAGCAGCAAUUUUGUUGUUGGCAUUGCCUGAUGAUCCAUCCACAGCCGUCGUGCACGGUCUGGCUCUAUUCAUCAUGGGAUUAUGCAUAUCCUGGAAUAGUGCAGCAACUAACAAUCCAAUAUUUGCAGAAAUAGUCCCUGAGAAGUCGCGGACGGCUAUAUAUGCUUUGGAUCGAUCGUUCGAGUCUAUACUGGCAUCCUUUGCUCCACCUAUUGUUGGAAUUUUGGCUCAGCAUGUUUAUGGUUAUAAACCAAUUCCUAAAGGAUCCUCGGACUCUGUUGAAAUUGAAACGGAUAGGGAAAAUGCUGCAUCACUUGCCAAGGCACUUUAUACUGCAAUUGGUAUUCCUAUUGCAAUUUGCUGCGUCAUCUACUCAUUCCUUUACUGCACAUACCCGAGGGACAGGGAUCGAGCACGGAUGGUUGCAUUAGAAGAAUCCGAAAUGCACCAGUUAGAGGCGGAAGAAGAGUCGAGAAGCGAAGAAUAUCGUGAAAUUAAUGUUUUAGAAUCAAAUGUGCUGAAUGGUAAAGAAAGUAGCAAGACUGAUCAAAGAAAUUAUCCAAGGCAAGAGAGCAUUGACUUGGAUGACGAUGAUGAGAAAGUUUUGCUGUCCCGGUAGUAUUAAACAGUUGCAAGGGAUGGUGAAGCUUCAUAUGCUCAUUUGAAAAUCAAGUUAUUUGAUGCAUACAUUAUGAAUGGAAAAACUUGUAUAGUAUUUUUGUUACUGAUUUUUAUGUGAGUUAUUAUACAUCUAAAAAGAAGUUUGGGUAAAAA